UUUUGCUCCCGUUAUUCUUAACCGCUGGUGAAACGAACCGAUAAAACUCUAAACCCCACUAAAACUAUAAAAUCGGAUCAAAUAUGAAAAUUCGCCCUCAGAAACACGUUCGGCUGGGUUUCCUGGGAAAGUCGAAAAAACAAAAUCGUUCCAAUCAAACAAAGACCCGCAAGGAACUUCGUAAAGAGAAAAGACAGCAAAAGAAGAUUAACCGUUUUAACUACCACAGCCGAAAAAAGUCCGAUCGCUAUCUGCGCGACGAGGAUGAGGAGGAAUCUGCUCAAGCAAAACGAGCCGGAAAACAAAAGCGGGCGUCUGACAGUGAAGAAGACGAUUUUGACGAUGAAGAGAUCGAAUCCGAUUUCGAGGAUGAAAUCGAGUCGGGUGGCGAGGCAGUCACUAAAGGUAAAGGUGUGGAUAAUGGAAUGAGCCAGUUGGAAAAGGAACGCCAGGAAGAGCUGCGUGAACUUAAAAAUUAUGAGCACGGUCUAAGGGAGAAACGAAUUGCUCAACUGGAAGCAGCCAACGAAGAGGAUGACUUGAUUAUCAAAAAGUACGAAAAGUUGUUGAAGAUUAACCGGCGGAAGAAUAAGGAAGGGGUACCGAAAAGUUUCAACGAUGGGCUGGACUACGCGUUGGAGCUCUGCUCGGACGAUAACGUGAGGAAGAUGUACGAAGCCGCCAAGGAAGCUGCGGAUAUGGAGCAAAAUUCCGAGGACGAGUUUGCCGAUGACUUUGGGGAAGUGCUAGGGCGAACGAAAAAGAGCAGUGCCAAAAAAGAGGAUGGCAAAGGGAAGGGUAAAAAAGCGGCGCAAACGGCGAAGGAUAAAAAGCGCAUGGAAAAACUGAAGGAGUUCGAGAAAAAGCAUCUCGGUGUGGAUGAUGAUGUGGAUAGUUUGGGUGGAUUUGAUUCCGAACUUGAGAUGGAACUGGAUGAAAAUGCUGAGGAGGAUUAUUCGGAAAAUGAUGAGCUGUAUGACUCGGAAGAGGAAAUAGAUAAUGAGGAUGUUUCUGAUGAAGAGGAAGAAGAACCGGCACCGAAGAAAAAGAAAACUAAAAAGGUAACUUUUGAGGAAGAAAAAUCGAAAAAGUCUAAGGAUAAGAAAAAGAAGCAGUCGGAAUCUGAAAAAGAAGAGGAACCGGCUCGGAAGAAGAAAAAGACUAAAAAGGCUGAGGAAGCAAAACCGAAAAACGGUAAAACUGCAAAAAAGAAACAGCUGGAAGUCCCGGAAUCAGAACUGGAAGAAGAUUCCGAGUUCGAUGAAGACGUUUUUGGUAGCAUCGGAGAAGACAGCGACAGUCAAGAGGAACCAUUGGAAGAAACCAAUGCGGAGGGUACCAGUGAAUCGAAGGAAAAGGAAUCAACUAACACGUGGGAGGACAUUUAUGGUCGUAAACGUGAUAAGGAUGGGAAUGUGAUCAAGGAGGAAUCCAGCAGCGGUAAGUAUAUUCCACCCCACUUGCGGGCUCGAAUGGAAAGUGGAACACCGGCUGAUGCUAAGCAGCGGGAAAAGCUGCAACGGCUGAGGCGUCAGCUGAAGGGUCAAAUAAACCGACUGGCGGAAUCUAACGUUCACAAGAUUUCGAUCGAAUUGGAUAAUUUGUAUAUGCAGCAUGCGCGAUUCGAUAUGAAUAACACGCUAACGGACUUAGUGCUAGAAGCAAUCGUAUCUCCCUCGCUAGCGCCAGAGAGGAUGGUACUCGAGCAUACCCUACUGGUGACCAUUCUUCAUGCCAACGUUGGUUCUGAAGUGGGUUCUCAUUUUCUGGAGACAGUCGUAGAGAGAUUCAACUCACUAAUCGCGAAAAUCGAUACGUUUGAUGUGGAAGACAAAACGUUGGAUAAUUGUGUGUUCAUUUUGUGUCAUCUUUAUACGUAUCAAAUCUUCAAGAAUAAACUGAUGUAUGACGUAAUUGAUCAGUUGCUAUCGAAGUUCAGCGAGAAGGCUGUGGAAUGUAUUCUACUGGUGCUGAGAUCGAUCGGAUUUGUGCUUCGCAAAGAUGAUCCCCUUGCAUUGAAGGAAAUGAUUCAGAAGGUGCAGAGAAAAGCGGCGGAGGCAUCGGAAGAAAUGAAGAACGAUGCACGAGUGAAAUUUAUGCUCAACAUUUUGUUGGCAGUAAAAAACAAUAACAUGAAUAAGAUACCUCAAUACGAUCCAACCCUGGUAGAGCAUUUCCGCAAAAUAUUGAAAGGAAUGAUCACAAAAGGGAAGUAUGUCAGUACAUUGAACAUCGGUCUGGAUGAUUUGCUGAACGUAGACGAAAGAGGCAAAUGGUGGUUGGUCGGAUCGGCCUGGCAUGGCAAUAAGGACGAUAAAGGAGCAGACAAACCGGGUUCCUCUUCUUCCGGUAAGGAAGGAGCUUUUAGUCAACAAUUGCAGGAACUGGCUCAAAAACAACGAAUGAAUACGGACGAUAAACGAAGUGUUUUUUGCGCGAUCAUGAGCGCCGAAGAUUACCUGGAUGCGUUUGAUAAGAUCCUCCGGUUGGCCAUCAAAGAUCAGAGGGUGGUGGUGACGGUCAUCAUUCAUUGCUGUUUGUCCGAGAAGGACUACAAUCCAUAUUACAGUGUACUAUCGCAGAAGUUUUGCGAGUACGAUCGACGCUACCAGCUGGCCCUUCAGUACGCUGUCUGGGAUCGACUAAAGGACAUACACGCCUUGAAACAGGCACCGGCCAGGAAUCUCGCGAAGUUACUGGCACAUCUAAUUGCCGAAGGUGGAUUGGCAUUAUCCGUACUGAAGGUGAUCGAAUUCGCAGAAAUCGAUAAGGUUACGUUGCGGUUAGUGAGACAAAUCAUGCUUGGAAUACUGCUGCUAGAGGAUGAAAAUAAAUGCCUUCAGGUUUUCAACCGAAUCGCUCCCAGUUUCAAGCUGAAAGCGUUCAAAGAUAGUUUGCGGUUAUUUUUGCAUCACUUCCUGCUAAAAGGAAGCGAUAAAUCCAGUGUCCCGGAGGAGGAAAUGCAACUGCUGCAGCAGCGAAUCAGUCUCGCCGAUCGGAUGCUGGAUACUUCCGAAUCAAGAGUGAAGUUUUGAGUUCAAUGUUAGAAAAUAAAAGACGAUGUUGUUGAAAAUCAUUAUUUUUCGAUUUCUCACUUUUUCUGAUUUAUUUCGCCGUACUUCACAUUUGCUGACAAAAACAGGUUUUGUUCAUGGGAUUUGUUUUCUU